CCGGGCCGGGGUCCGGGGGAAGGCUUGGGGGGCGGAGCCCCUGAGCGCAGCCCCCGCCGGGCCCGCGGAGGCUGAGGGGAGCCCGCCAGGGUCAGCGGCGCCCGGCUGCGCUGCGCUCUCGGCCGCAGGGGGCGCCCGGGGCGCGGCCGAAGGCCCUCCGCGGUUGCUAGGCUGCCAUUUGGCGGUAGAAUGAGUGAGGCGCUGAUUGGUCUGGACCAGGCGGGUGUCGGGUGUCGCCCCGAUUGGGCCGCAAAAGGCGUACCCCGCGGGGCUGUCGUCGCCAAUUGGUUCCUGCGGCACCGGAAAUGCCUCCGCACUGGACAGAAGACACUGCACUCAAAACCCGGGGCACCGCUCAUUGGACCGGCGCUGGAGGCGUGUCCCAGCCCGCUCGCUGACUGGGCGCGGGCCCAGCAGAGACAGCGCCUUCGUGGUGAUUGGACGCUGGGACCCAGCGGCCGCGGCGCUCAGUGCGAGGGAAGCCGGGGCCACCGGGCUGCAUGCGGCGGCGGCGGCGCAGGGUGGGCCGGGAGGCCGCGGUCGGGCCCCUGCCCGAGGCCGUCGCCGCGCUGAGUCGGGCGCUGCCCGCCGGGCCCAGCCCCGAGAUCUUCCGCCGCGCCAAGUUCGACCGUCCGGAGGCGGCCCCGGUGCUCUGGCGGCUGCUUUUCCACGUGCUCUCACCGCUGUCGGCCAACGGCGCCUCGGCGUCCCCAGCCCAGGGCGGACCCCCAUGUGCAGAGGCCCAAGUCCGCGUGGUGAAGUCGGAGCUGCGCUCCCAGUGUUACCCCAGGCGGGCCCUGGCACAGCUCCCCGAGGACGGCUCCCAGGGCAGCCGCGAGCUGCUCCUGGCCCUGGCCUGGCUCCUGGCCCGCGGGCCCCUGCUCGAGCGGCUGCUGGCCCAGACCCGCGUGCGGCUGGGCGAUGAGAUACCCCUGUGCGAGGGCGUGACCCUUGUCCCUCUCGAGUGUGAUGCCCUGGCCAGGCCUGGCCCCCCUGCACCCCGUGUGGAAGCAGACGGCCCUGUGGACAUACGCUACUUGCAGUGGCUGAUGGGAAAGCUGUUGCUCCAGUGGCGGAAGCUGAUGACCAGUCAACAGGAGCAGUGUGCCCUCCUGGGCAAGAUCCAUUCAUACACCCGCGGCUGCCACAGUGACCGCAGCCUUGGCCACCUGUCUGUUGCUGAGACCGAGCUGCUCAGGGACGCGGAGGGCGGCCGGCAGCUGCUUCGGAGGCUGGAGAGCGAGAACGCGCGCCUGGAGGCGGCCCUGCAGUGGCGGCACCGGGAGCUGGUCUUCUGGCGGUGGAUGGACACAGUCCUGGGCACCUGCCCUCCAGAGGCCUCACAGCCCCCGUUUCUGCCCAGGGUCCCCGAGCGGGGGGCUGGUGACUUGGAGCUGGUGGCCCACGAGCUGCAAGCCCUGCAGGAGGAGCUGCGGGGAGCUGCGGAGCCCCGGCGGGCAGCCUGGGAGGCCGGGGUCGGAGGCUGGGGGCCCGAGUGGAACGCGGUGCAGCAGGCCUCACAGGAGGCCGUGGAAUGCGAGCUGGCAGCCCUCCAGCGGGCCUGGGAGCCACGUGCGUCCAUGGCCCAGCCCCAUGGGCCCUGGCGGCUGGUGAGGAGUGACGCCGGAGCCUCAGGGGGCCCAGGCCUGCGGGCGGCCCAGGUGAUUGGGGUGCUGAGGAGCCGGGAGGCCUGCCUGGAGGCAGUGCUGUGCCAGCUGCAGAGACAGUGUCGGCGGGAACUGGCCAGGUUGGCAGGAGCCCUGCCUGGCCUCAUCUGGAUCCUGCCAUCCGGUCGCUGAGGACCUGUGCCCUCCUCGGGGGGGACCCCCCCGACCUGCCCCGGCUGGGCCUCGGAGGGGCAGGUUUCAGGGUGGUGCCAGGGACAACGCAGACACGGGCCCCCAGGCAUGCUCUCCCUAGCCCUGGGGCUGUCCCCACCUGGGGCAGAGCCCACCCCUUGGGUAGCAAUACUGGGAGCAGGCACGCAGGCCCAGUGUGGAGUUCAUGGGCCUUCAGCACCAAGAGAGGACACAGAAAUAAGUUGUAGAGCCCUCCCUGCAGGGGUGAGGCUCUGUCCUGGCCCGCCCUCUGCCACCCUUCCAGGUCCUGUCGGGCAGGUCGAGGAGGGUCGCGUCUGUGCUCAGGCCCAGGAGAAGGGGACCUUGGGUGGUAGUGGCCGAAGCAGGGCUGGUCCAGUGCUGCCCAGGGGCCAGCAGGUCAGGCACGGCCUGCAACGCGGCGUGGGCAUCAGGGUCCGGGGGGGAUGGCCCCUCGAGCCCCUCACACACUAUGCCCUGGGCCCCCACUGCACACCCUGCCCUCUGCCGGUGCCUGGUGUGUGCGUGUGGGGCAGGGGCGCCAGCUGGAAGCCCGGGGGUGGGGGGCUGUGCUGGGGUGAGGGGGAGGCCACCAUGGAUAGAGGGGGCUUUGUUCCUGAGACUGGUCGGGGAGCCGGGCUGGGCCCUGACAAAGAGCCAUCUGUGUCUGGGGGAUGUGCCCCCAGCUUGCCGGAACAGCCCCCUCCAUCCCGGGGGCUCAGCCUCUCGGCACCCCUCACCCAGCAGGCGCAGACAGCCGCAUCCCUGCCUCCCUUGCCGGGCUCCCCUCGUCCUAGGGCAGUUGACCCCCAGCCUGCUGCUGGGUGGGCCUAGGGGCCCCUGCUGUCAGCCAGUUCAGGCCCGCGGACACUUCCUACGUCUGGGCCCCGAAGAACCUUCUCUCCCUGGCUCUCCCAGCUCACACCCAGGGGCCCCAUCCGGUCUCUGCCACUGUGCCUUGGUGCGGGUCAGCCGGGCAGACUGGUCAGGCUCUCCCCCUCCUCACACACCCCUCCCUCCAAACCACGGCCCCCUCCCAGCUCCUCUUACCUGCUCCAGCUGUGGCCCAGGCCACACAGGGCCUCGGCCCUCCACCUACUGCCCCUCAAUGCGCGAAGUCACUUGUGGACCCCCCGCCUGCCAAGCCCCCGGCCAUCCUCCUGACCGCUGGACAGGACCCUUCUGGAAACAAGUCACACACAGCUCUCUGCCUUCUGUGAGUGCCAUUGAGCCAGGACACCCGGUGGCCCCGGGAACUUGAUUUUUAGAACAAGUGCAAGCUCAGCGUUCUGGAGCUGUCCCUUCUCAACUGCUCUGUGGACCCAAUACAACCCCACUCGACACCCCA